GCCAACCAAUUGCAACUCAUACUCUACCGGUAUAAAUGAUAAUAACUCUCCUCUAACAGAUCGAUUCCAUAAAAACCUUACUUUCCAACAAAUUUUGAAAAACAUCGAUGUCAUCAUUAAUUACAUACGAGUAACCACCAUUUGAGGUUUGGUCGUUCAACAAAAAAAAAAUUGUUGCAGUUGUCAUCAUCGAGGAAUUUAUUGUUACCGAGGACAAUAAUUAUAAAAUCACGGUUACAUCUCGGUAUGACACAUCAUGUAUCAAUCGCUCUUCAUUGACAAAUAAUUGGACAAUGUGGUGCUACGCUGUUUGGCAUUUGUGUGUUGUGAUAAAUUGUCAACUCGAUCUAUUUUCUUAGUUUGUCUAGUAAUUUCUUCCACAAGGAAAAAUUAUAGUUCAGUGAAGUUAAAAUUAGAUAUGGAGAAUAAUCGGGAAAAUUAUACUGGACUUGAAGACUCUAAAGAGGUAGAUAUGAAAUCAAAGGUUGAAAAGUUGGAGUUGGAGAAUGCACACAUGCGAGAGGAAUUCAACGGCCAACGGGCAAAACUCAAAGAGUUAUUUUUACAGAAAGAAGAAGAGUUGAAAAAACGAUUCAAAGAGACGGCAGAUCUUCAAGAGGAAGUAUCUAAACUCAGAAACGAGUUGGACGAAGCGAAGAGUCAGCUGGUGGUGGCCAAUCUUCGGCUGGAGUCUGGCAUCGAUUUAGAGACGGAGAAAGCCCAACAGGAGAUUGCAUCACUCCAACAGGUGAUUCAGGACACGAUGGAGGAGUCCGCCUGCACACGUACACAAUUGGAGAAUGAAGUUCGAAAAUUGAGAGUUUACAUAACAAAGUUGGAGGAGGAAAAUUCAAUGAUAAAGUCACAAAUAGCUCGGGAUAUUCCUCAGGAAGGACCGCCAAUUUCCUUGUCUCAUGUCACUAAAACUUUAGCGAGAAAAGUUGCAUCGCAGUUGGGUGCCGAUGCUCUCUCUCUGGGUCCGGAGAAUCUUGAGGAGAGCAUGCGGAAGGUAAAAAAAUACGCUCAAGAAGAUGCAGAAGUAUUACGAUCCCUUGUAGUUCCUCUCGAGGAAGAGAUAAAAGCCCUGAAAGAGAAGCUUCGAUCAACAGAUGACGAGCUUCAAAAAUACAAGGAACAGCAGCAGCAACAAAUCCAAAGGCGUUUGGAUCCUGAGAACGAGAACACUUGUGACAUGUGUAUUAAUUACGAAGCUCAGCUCGUAAAGAUGCAGACGACAGCUAAGGAUCUCGAGAAACAAUUACUGGAUAGUGAGAAGGCUCUUCUGGCUCAGAGGGAGGAACUCUGCAAGGAAGUUGAAUUCAGAAAAGGAAUGGAGGAGAAGUGGAACGAGAAGAAGGAAGAGCAUAAGAUUAAGGUGACUGAGCUGACUGCUGCAUCGCAGCUGGCCCAGCAAACACUCCAGGAAUUGAAACAGCAGUUCAUUCAAACACAUCAGGCAGUGACCGAGGAAUUACGAAAAUUGACGAGAGGGAGGGAAGAAGUCCAGAGGCAUUUGAUGGAACUCCAAAGGGAGAAUGAAAUUCUUGUGGGGAAGUACAGCAAACAUUCUGAACAGCUGCAGUCAGAGAGCAUCAACAUGCCAAAUAACGUUGAAGAGCUGCAUCUGAAUCUUCUCACGAUGAGGGAGGACUUGAUUAUGGCGCGGGUCGCUCAAGAAGUGGCCCAAGAGAAGGAAUCAACAUUGAGGUAUGAAGUGGGCCUCCUCAGGGAGCAGAUGAUUGCCGAGAAGGAGAUGAAGGUGCAGAGGCUCGAGCAGGAGUUGGGAGAGGCCUUGAAAGAAAAGGAAGAGGGGGAGAACACCAUUGUUGAACUCAAACAGAGAGUGACAAAUUUACAAAAGGUCCUGGAUACUAGUGGCGAGGUGCAGAAGGACUUUGUGCGGCUGUCCCAAUCUCUUCAGGUCCAAUUGGAAAAAAUUAGAGAAUCCGGAAGUGAAGUGCGAUGGCAGCAUGAAGAAGAUGUGGAUGAAUGUCCAGCUUGUCAUGUAGCUUUCUCAAUUGGAAAGAAAAGGGUACACUGUCGUCAUUGUGGCCAUAUAUUCUGCCAAAACUGCUUGACCCAUGUUGUAAAUAGUGGCCCCAAACAGAGACCAUCACGUGUCUGUGGGGUUUGUCAUACUUUACUUGUACCAGACACAGCCCCAUACUUCAGUCAAGAGCCACCUCACACACCCGAUUAAGGGCUUGUGCUGUUAAGAUUGAUAAUAAAUCUCAUCGCUAUUGGUUGAUAUUUUUUUAGAUAGAAUAAAGAAAAUAAUUUUUCCAAGCAUACAACAAAAUUGUGCAAUCUUAACUUUGAUUGUGACUUGAGACACAUUUCCUAAUACAAAAUUAAUAGUGGUUGUAUUAUAGAAUUAAUGUUUGUAUUAAAGAUGGGGGGAUGAUGAUAAUCCAUGAAGAUAAUAUCGGUUGGCGAGUGGUGAAACGCAGGUAAUCAUAUGUAUGAAUAUGAGGAACACGUUCGGGAAUAUUUGAAAACAAUUAUAAAUACUGUAGUAUUUACUUCAAUUUUAGUUUUCACCACUUGGCUACGGAAAUAUAUUUUAAGAACAAUGAGGCAGUGAAAAUAUUGAACAUAAUUGUUGUGAAGUCCAGUGAAAGAAGUAUUAAUUGAGAUCCAUGCCCUUGGGGUUGAAAUUCUGCAGAAUAUGAAUAUUUUUAAAAAUUCUAUCACAUAAUUUAUGAAAUUUCUGACGUAUAUGAUAAGUCCAAUUUACUAUCACUCCCAACAUUUUGACCCCAAUUUCAUGAAUUUGAGAUUAUAUUUUCCUCCCCUGCCAUAAGAUAUUUCAAAACUGAAUAGAAAUUGUUUUUCUGCUAGUCUGAUUAACUCCUUCUUCUCGAUUUUUCUGUAUAUAAUUCAAAUUCUGUAAUGACAUUCGUGUUCAUUGUAAUUUGCUUCAGAUAUUAAAGCUUUUGAAUUGAAAUAA